AUGUCUUCCCCAUCGUCUUAUGAAGAUGAUGCCAUAGAUGAUCAAAUAGACGACACUUUUGAAGAUAUGUUCGACCAACAAUUUGAUCAAAUGUACGACGCAAUCGUUCAUGGUGCAGCCAACAAGCAGAACAAACGAGCUUAUAUCGAAAGAGAGCGGGAACAAGAACACAAUCAACUAUGGAACGACUAUUUCAGUGACCAUCCUACAUACCCACCAGAAAUAUUUAGGCGGCAUUUUCGAAUGACCAAACCAUUGUUCCUUUCCAUUGUUGAUCGCCUAAGUAAUGAAGUUCCAUACUUUGAGCAAAGACGAAAUGCUCACCGGAGGUAUGGUCAAGCAGCAGAUACGUAUGACGAAUAUCUCCGACUUGGUGAGAGUACUGCACUUUUAUGUUUGGAAAAAUUCAACGAAGGGAUAAUACAAUUGUUUGGAGAUGAGUAUCUACGAAAACCUACAUCAGAUGAUCUUCAACGAUUACUCGAUAUUGGAGAGGUUCGCGGAUUUCCAGGAAUGAUAGGCAGCAUCGACUGUAUGCAUUGGGAGUGGAAAAACUGCCCAAGAUCUUGGAGUGGGCAGUACGCACGAGGUCACGGAAAGCCGACAAUUGUCUUAGAGGCUGUGGCAUCACAUGAUCUUUGGAUAUGGCACACAUUUUUCGGUUUACCAGGUACCCUCAACGAUAUUAAUGUUCUCCAACGGUCACAAGUUUUUUCUGACAUUUUAGACGGUCGAGCUCCUAAAGUUAAUUUCACGGUCAACGGCCACAAUUAUCGUAUGGCGUACUACCUUACAGACGGAAUCUAUCCGAAAUGGUCAACAUUUAUCCAAUCCAUCUCACUACCUCAAAGUCGUAAAGCCGAGCUUUUUGCUGAACAUCAAGAAUCCGCCAGAAAAGAUGUCGAACGUGCUUUCGGAAUUUUGCAAUCGAGGUUUGCAAUAGUAAAAAACCCGGCUCUACUAUGGGACAAGGAAAAGAUUAGAAAGAUUAUGAGAACUUGUGUCAUACUGCACAAUAUGAUAGUAGAGAACGAACGAAACACAUAUCAUCUGUCUGAUACAUCUGAGUUCGAAACUGGAGAGUCAAGCAGAAGUUCACAUGUUGAAGUCUCGCAACCUACGGCCACCCCUUCCAACUUCGUUAAUAGGCUUGGCAUUCGUAAUCAAAUUCGGAGUGAAAACAAACAUGAUCGUUUGAAAACCGAUUUAGUUGAAAAUAUAUGGCAAAGAUUUGGUAAUCUAGUUGAAUAA